ACUGAGAAGUUUUAAAAUUCAAACUAUAUUAGAAAUUAGUGUUCUUAGCGUCUGUGUGAGGUGCACUAAAGCUUUUUGUGUUCUUGUUGAUUGACGUCUUGAAAUAUGCAUCUUAUUUAGAAGCUCUAAUAAAUGAUUGUUCUUUGUGAUCGCACAAAUAUAUUGUCGUACAGGCCAGUUCAAAGGACUGAACUGUUGUCACGCAGACAAUAGCCGAGUGCAUAGAAACACAGACAGUAAAUGCUUUCUAGGCGGCAUGACUGAUUGCGUAAAGCUGCACAAAGCUGAGAGUCAAAUGACUCUGGUCAGCUCAAGAGGCAUACCUGAUGAAUCGCCCAGCGGAGGAUGGUGGGUGUCGCGCACGCGCCUGGAGGUGGCGCUGCUGGCGAUGGUGGCCGUGAGUUUGUUCCUCCUCAUCGCCGUGUGUCUCGCCAUGGCCGCCAUCAUCGCUGGUUCUUCUCCUAACAGCUUGUUCGCAGAGGAUAUUUCAGCCGGAACUUCACUUUACUCGCACAAGUUUAAGCGAUCGCUGCCUAGCUCCGAGUUAAACGAUCGAGUCAAAUCAAGACACGAAAUCUUAUUAGAUCCUGAGUUGGCGCUGAAGUUUUCGAGUCAAUCCCAAGAUGGAGAUGGUUUUUUGCCUCCAGUGAUCGAGGAAAAUUUACUAAUCAAGGUCGAAUCUGAAAGCGAGCGAUUUGAGCUGAAAGAAAACACGACUAUUGAAAUCAUCACAUCUACAACAUCCCCUCUUCUUCCUGGCGUGUCGCAGUCAUUAGGAAAUGACACCGUCCAUUUACCAGACUCUGUAGCAGAAACGUUGGGUGUCGGACCAAUAGAAAGCAAUGUGACCGAACAAAAGACUUCACAGGCACCAAUCGCUGUUGGAGAUGAGAGUUCGACGAAACAAGCUUCAGGCAGUGAUGUUGACAAAACUGAAAUAGAAGACGAUAUCCAAAAACCAUUGCAUCCAACCGAAGCGAGUUCAGCAGCAGAAUCUUCAGUGACGCCAACCGAUUCAUCUAUAUCUAAAGCCAACUCGGUUAAUAUAUCUUUGAGGAAGGAAACCUCUCAAUCUACAGGUAGCGCUUCAUUCGAUUCGUCGACCACUGCGCUUAACUCAAUUCCAGGAUCCGACAUAAAAAAACCUAUCGCGGCUAUCAAGGAUGUUUCAGACCCCUCUGAGCUCUCUGUUGUAUCUUGCAAAGCUUCUGGAGGCCAAACUUCCUCAACAUCCGAGUUCUGCCUUACCAAAAGCUGCAUCACGUCGGCAUCGGAGUUAAUCGCCAACAUGGACUCACAAGUCGACCCUUGCGAGGAUUUCUUCGAGUACGCGUGCGGUAAUUAUAUUAAAAGCCGGAACAUCCCCGACGAGAAGAGCUCCAUAACGCAGUUCAGCGACGUCUCGGAUGUCCUCCAGGAGAAGCUGCGCAUGCUGAUCGAGAGCGAGGACUCCUCCGAGGACACCCCCAGCGGCCUGAUGGUUAAGCAGCUCUACAAGUCCUGCAUGAACACGGAGCGCAUCGCGGAGCAAGGCCUGCAGCCGCUGAAAGACAUCCUGCGGGAAAUGGGCGGCUGGCCGGCGGUGGAGGGCGCUGCCUGGGGCCACAACAGGUUCGACUGGGUCCAGAACGUCUACAUCAACAGGCGGCUCGGCUACUCCGUUGAUUAUUUACUAGACUUCUCCGUCACCACCAACAUCAAGAACUCGACGUGGAGAAUUAUAGACAUCGACCAGCCGAGCUUCGGCAUGUCUCGGGAGUAUCUGAUGCGCGGCCUGAACGACAGCGACGUGCGGGCGUAUCUCGACUACCAGGUCUCCUUAGCCGCGCUCCUCGGCGCCAACCGCACAGCCGCCCAACUCGAACUCACCGAGAGCCUCUUGUUCGAGAUACAACUUGCCAAUUUCUCGCUGCCGAACGAGAAACGCCGUAAUGCCUCUGAGCUCUACAACAAGAUGACCGUGGCAGAACUGCAGGCCCGAGUGCCCAAUAUCCCGUGGCUGUCAUACAUCAACACUCUAUUGGCCCCAUUCACUAACAUCACUGAAGAUGAAGAAGUCAUCGUAAAUGUGCCGUCGUACCUUGAAAAUCUGGAUAAACUCCUGUUGAAAACGCCAAAGAGAGUGAUCGCGAACUUCCUGAUGUGGCGGGCGUCUGCGGCAUCCAUCAGUUACUUGUCAGAGGACGCGCGUGAUCUGCAGCUCGAGUACUCCAAGAAGAUCACUGGAACUGGCAAAAGAAAUCCUAGGUGGAAAGAGUGCAUAGGAGCCGUGUCGGGCAGUCUCUCGUACGCUGUGAGUAAACUGUACGCUGAGAAAUUCUUCAAGAAAGACGCCAAGGCGGCAGCAGAUGAGAUGGUAUCCUACGUCAGAAGGGAGUUUGACAAAAUCCUGCGCGCUGUCGACUGGAUGGACGAUGAAACCAGGCUCCGCGCUAUCAAUAAGUCCCAGGCAAUAACCUCCCACAUCGCCUACCCUGACGAGCUUCUGGACGAGUCCAAGAUCGCUGAAGUUUACAAGGAUCUGCAAAUCUCGGACGGUGAGCUUCUGUCGAAUAUGAGAAAUUUGACAAUUUAUAGCGCGGAUUAUUCCUUCAAGCGCCUCAGGGAAGUGAUCGACAAGAAUGACUGGAAGAGGCAUGGUACCGCUGCUGUCGUUAACGCCUACUAUAGCCGCGUGGACAACUCUAUUAAUUUCCCUGCUGGAAUUCUGCAAGGGACUUUCUUCAAUGCUGAACGCCCCAAGUAUUUGAACUUCGGCUCCAUCGGCUUUGUGAUCGGUCACGAAAUAACGCACGGCUUCGAUGACGUGGGUCGCCAAUUCGACUACAAAGGUGACCUCAAGGAAUGGUGGGAGCCCGAGACAAAAGCGAAAUUCAUCGAGAAAUCCAAAUGCAUAAUUCAUCAGUACGGCAACUACACGGCGCCAGAAGUCGGACUUAAGCUGAAUGGCGUGAAUACCCAAGGAGAGAACAUAGCAGACAACGGCGGCAUCAAAGAAGCGUACUACGCAUAUAAUCAGUACGUCAGUGAUCACGGCGAGGAGAAUCCGUUACCAGCGCUCGGACUAACAGCUAAACAACUUUUUUGGCUGUCAGCGGCCAACGUUUGGUGCGGCAAGUACAGGCCCGAGUCACUCAAGUUCCUUAUCUUGACUGGGGCUCACUCGCCUGUUAGGUUCAGAGUCAACGGCGAGCUUAGUAAUUCGCCAGAGUUUUCGCGUGACUGGAACUGUAAAUUGAAUUCGAAAAUGAACCCGUCUCAAAAAUGUUCUGUCUGGUAGUUAAUGAUGCUUCUUCGUUUGUUAUUUUCCUUCAAAUUUGUUAAUCUUAUCCCGAACAACUGGUUCUUGGUGCGUCUAUAAUAUGUUCAAAUUUAUUCAUUUUUCAUCUUCUUUGUCAACAAUCACUGGGUCUGGGCAUGUGAACAAUUUUUUACUUGAACUUACUUAGGAGUAUUUAUAAACUUUGCCUCAAUAAAUGUUUUUUACGAU